AGUCUCCAACCAUUCCAAAAGUGAACUCCUUGUCGACACUGGUGAAUGACAUCGAUGGGAUAGGAUAGUUAACCGUGAUUCUGGUCAUUCUGGCUCAAUAUGUCACAACAAGACGAAAUUCCCAACGGAGCGGCAUGCGACGUAGAGUGUGCACUAGUCGCCGAGACAGAUCCCGCAGAAGUCGUGACGCUUUCGGCGUCACCAUCUGAGCCGUGGAUAUUCGCACCAAUAACGGUGAUCAUCCAACAGAUGUCGAUGAAGAAACCUCCACCUGCACCAAUUCCAAAAAUCGAGACCAACACUGCGUUCUUCUUGGAGACUCUCGUACCAUUUCUCUUCGCUGGACUUGGCCUCAUUUUUGCGGGUCUACUGCUGGAAGAUGCAGAGACCUGGACUUUCUUCACCGAAAUGCCGGAUGCCGUCACACUUGUGCCAACUUUGGUUGGCCUCAAAGGAAAUUUGGAGAUGACUUUAGCGUCACGGCUAUCUACACUGGCAAAUCUGGGAUUUAUGGAGACAAAGAAACAAAAGUGGCAAGUUGCUUGCUCCAACAUGGCGUUGAUUCAAACUCAGGCAAUAGUCAUCUCAUCGAUAGCUGUAAUACCAGCUGUUGUGUUUGGAGAAAAGCCGGUAGUUUUCGAGUUUGAUGUUGGUGACUUCCUUUGCGUGCUCCUAUCUGCAAUCGCGACAGCAUCUCUUGCUUCAUUGAUGUUGGGUACGCUGAUGAUAGGAGUGGUCAUCACUGCUAAAAAAUUCAAGAUCAAUCCUGAUAACAUCACGACACCAGUUGCUGCAUCUUUGGGAGACGUUUCUACGCUGUUUAUUUUGCUGGGCGUGGGAACGCUGCUGAUGAAACUCCGAGAAAAUCACAGCUGGUUACUCGUAAUAAUGCUGUUCUUCUUCUACUUAAUUGCUGGUGUAGGAGCAGUCGUAGCUUCUAGGGAUCAUUUCACUGUUGAGGUGUUGAAGCAUGGCUGGUGGGCAGUAUUGGCAGCCAUGACUCUCACAACGCUUAGCGGCUUCAUACUCAAAACGGCAAUGCACAAGUAUCCACCUAUAGCAGCAUUUCAACCUCUCAUCAACGGUGUCGGUGGCAACCUGGUAUCGGUGCAAGCUAGUCGCAUAAGUACUGGGCUGCAUCGAGCAAGGAAGAAUCAAAUACAUGAUGCAAAGAGCCUAUGGACAUAUGCUAAUCCCUGGCAUGCUUUCAUCAAUAACCACGAAGACUCUGUAGCCGCGCGUAUUCUUAUGGGUAUAUCAAUUCCGGGAAAUCUCAUCUUCAUCAACACUAUCUUUAUGUUCGACUGUGGAUUCGCCAAUACCAUCCCCUUUACGGCCACUUUUCUACUCGUUUCCCUCUUUCAGAUUAUGUUACUGCUGUACUUGUGCCAACUUCUUGUGCGAGUUAUGUGGCGAUUGCGGAUUGAUCCUGAUAGUUCGGCCAUUCCACUGUUGACGGCAGUUGGCGACUUGCUCGGUGGUAUAUUCUUGAUCGGAUGUUUCUGGACUGCAUCCAAUGUAUAUCAUAUGAAAGUUGAAAGGGUAUACUUUGCUUCCGAACACCUUGGAGUUCACUAGUUUUUUUCUAGGAUGCAUUUCUUGUCAAAUUUAAUUUAUAGCAAUGCCUCUUCGAUUUUGACCAACUUCUUCCGUCAUCUCUUUUACAUGUGAAUUAUCUACACAUUUUACAGAAUUCGGGUAUGCAUCUAAUCAUAUAAUAGGUGAAAAUGAUACAUCGCAAUCAAUCUCAUUACUUAAAUUAGUUAUCGCCUUAUCUGUUGAUUGUAUUUAUUUCCAAUCAUUGAUUUGAUUUGACUGUUAAUCAUUCCAACUGUUGCAGCCCUCUGC